CGCAGGCUCUUUUCCCAUAGGCAACGAAGCGCGUCCAUAGCUAGUCGAUCCGCUCAUCUGGUAAAGAGAUAUGUCAUUCAAAGAGCAUAAUGUAAGCAUUCGUAAGCGUUAGGUGAGGUGGAUAGUGUUCACGAGCUAAGUGCUAUGGUUUGUCGAAUUACACUGGCUUAGAAGAGCACUUACACGCCGUGAUGCAUUAUCGUGAGAAGCUCGCAUACAAGUAUCUUUCGCUUUUCCGAAGAAGAACUGAAUUGAAGAACUCCAUGAACAAUUUAUUCUAUCAAUUGGCACUAGAGCCGUGUGUUUGAAAAUCUUUCCCCUUUUCUUAGGAGCACUUCAACACCUACAACACCGAAGCCAGGAUCGAAAUCCAACAACCAUCCACUCGUACAUCAUGUCAACCCUCCGAACAAUCCACAAAAUCUUCACCGCCCCCGAGCAAUCCGAAGGCGCAGGCGCCCGCGUCCGCCGCUCCAUCGGCAGCAACCACCUCCGCGCCCUCUCUCCCUUCCUCAUGCUCGACCACCUGGACGGCGCCACCGGCGAAGGCUUUCCCGACCACCCCCACCGGGGCCAGGAGACCGUCUCCUACAUCCUCAAAGGAUCCGUCGAGCACGAGGACUUUGCGGGCCACCGCGGCGUCCUGCACGCCGGCGACUUGCAGUUCAUGACGGCCGGCAGGGGCAUCAUGCACUCGGAGCAGCCGAUCCCGUCCGAGGACGGUGGUAGCGGGGCGGGAUUGCAGUUGUGGGUUGAUCUGCCGCGGCGAUUGAAGAUGUGCGAGCCGCGGUAUCGCGAUCUCAAGGGUACGGAGAUCCCUGUUGCGAAACUAGACGACGGCAGGGUUACUGUGAAAGUCAUCUCGGGCGUAUCUGGAGGCGUUGAUAGUGUUAGGGACCUGACGUAUACGCCGAUAUGGUACCUCGACAUUCAAAUCCAACCGGGCGGCGAGAUAACCCAGCAAGCCCCCCAGGGCUGGAACGCGAUGGCGUACGUUGUCGAAGGAUCUGCGCAAGUGAGCUCCUCCACCGAGGACGACCGGAAGGAGGCACAGCAAUUCCAGGCUGUUGUUUUUGGGGUGGAGGGAGAUGUGGUGCAGAUGAGAGUCCCGGACACGGCAACCGCUGGGGCGCGGAUUCUUUUGAUUGCGGGAGAGCCCCUGGAUCAGCCUGUCGUGCAGCAUGGUCCGUUUGUGGUGACUAGCAGCCAGGAGGCCCGUCAGGCGCUCGAGGACUUUUACUUCCACAAGAAUGGGUUCGAGAGGGCGGCGGGAUGGGAAAGCCGGUCUUCGAAAAGGCUGGCGCGGUCGUAGAUGAAUAGAGAAUCAUGUGUCGCAAGCAUUGAAAUAAAUACAAAACUGG